CAGAAAAUGGUGGAUGGAGUUCGGCGCAUGCGUAAACAUUUUACUAUACUCAGACAGAAAGUGAGACAGUAACGAGUGGCGCAUUGUUAAAUGAGUAACGCCUGUAACUCUUGGAUUUCGCUGUGUGGUCUGACUUCAACUGCUUCAAGUCGAGAUGUUUGGCUUUCAUAAGCCAAAGAUGUACCGCAGCCUUGAUGGAUGCUGCAUCUGCAGGGCAAAAUCCUCCAGCUCUCGUUUCACUGACAGCAAACGCUAUGAGAGAGACUUUCAGAGCUGCUUUGGUUUAGGGGAGACUCGCUCUGGUGAAAUCUGCAAUGCUUGUGUUCUGCUGGUGAAACGCUGGAAGAAGCUUCCUGUCGGUUCCAAGAAGAACUGGAAUCAUGUGGUUGAUGCCCGAGGGGGACCCAGUCUGAAAACUACAGUGAAGUCAAAGAAAGUCAAAUCUCUGUCCAGACGGAUCAGACCGAACCAGCUCAGCAGAGUGCAGAAAGAACUGAAGAGACACAAUUCAGAUGCUCACAGCACCACCUCCAGCGCCAGCCCCGCUCAGUCACCCAGCUACAGUAACCAAUCAGAUGAAGGCUCUGACUCGGAGUUGACUCCUGGCUCCGCCCGCUCUCCAGUCUUUUCCUUCUUGGACCUGACAUACUGGAAAAGGCAGCGGGUAUGUUGUGGCAUCAUCUACAAAGGUCGCUUUGGGGAGGUCUUGAUCGACCCUCAUCUCUACAAGCCCUGCUGUCAGAAGAAACAGGAGCAAGAGCAGGAGGAGGAAGAAGAAGAAGAAGAAGAGGAGGAGGAGGAAGAAGAAGAGGAAGAUGGCGACCUUGAGAAAGAGGAGGUGCAGAGCAGUCAAGAAAUUCUUCAACCGCACUCCUCUCCUCAAAUAAAAAUGGAGCAGGAAGUGGAAGAGGAGUGGUGAUGCCACAUUCCCAGGGUACUGACUUGGCAUUCUUAGGAAGCCUUCGAGAGUCGAAGCCCCUCAGACACUCUCAAAGACGUUCUCUCAGAUUGCCUUCGAUUCAAGAGCAGCUGGAUCCUUGUUCGUCUUUUCCUGUUUCUUUCUUCCUUGUUGAGAAUGUGUCCCUUUCAUUUCCUUCGCAGUCAAAUCAACUUUUAUUUAUCAAACUGAACUGGCGUCCUUGUUUUCCAGAGCCUGGUACCGCGCUGUUGAAUUUCCUAUGAGGAUCUUUUUUUUUUUUGUAGACCAGAGAAAAUUUGUUUCUUUUUUUGCUAUCCCGCUCAAACACAGUAUGCCUGGAUCUACAUGCAUCAUGCAUAGAAAUGUAGGGAAUAGACUUGGACAGUAACCACAAUCCUACGCUGUCGCUUUUGUGCCCUUUGAGCACCAUUGUGCACUUCCUCUGGGCGACUGUUUUUCUGCACUUAGUAGUAUAUAGCAAGCAGCAUCUGCUAAAUUCUAGCUCGGUGAAGAUAACGUUCCACCUUUUUGCUGGGAUAUAGCAAUUAUUUAGGGAAUAUCUUUGCCUUUUAUAUAUUUAUUUUUGUCUGUCUUUGUCUUUAUUCUUAAGGUCUGCUCUGAUUUUUUUCCUCUCGAUUUGUAUUUAAAGGGACAGGUCACCUAAAAAUGUUGUUGUUUUUUUUUUUUUUUUAAUGUCAUUAUUCUGUCAUUCUCCCUCAUAUUGUUCCGAACUUCUUUCAAUUUCUUUCUCUUUUUUUCGUGGAAAACAUAAGGUGAGUUUUUGAAGAACAUCUAGCAGCUUUAUUCAGUAAUAACGGAAGUGAAUGGGGAUUAGGUCUGUUAAGCUCCAAAAUGACAAAAACACCCUGAAAGUAGCUAAAAAUUUAGCUGUGUGCUAUGUUCCAAGUCUUUUAUAGCCAUAUGAUAGCGAUAAACCAAAGUUUAUGUCAUAUGGACUACUUUUAAGACAUUUUUAUGGAGCUUUUUGUCUUUUUGGAACUUGACUGCAUCAGUUCCUUUUAACUUUACUAUACAGAAAAGAUGCAGGAUGUUCUUGAAAAAAAUCACUUUUAUGUGUUUAAUGUAAGAAAAGUAAAGGAUGAUGAUGUGAAGGUGAGUAAAUUAUGACAUAUUUUUCAUUUUAGGGUGAACUGUCACUUUUAAACCCUGAUUUCAGUGCAGGUUGUCUGUAUUCAGCCUCUAAUAGGCAACAAACUCAACUCGACUCAUAGUGUUUAACCGCAAACGUUUCCUCAGACAGGAUUUCUCUGGUGCUGAGGCAGACUGGGCAUGGCCAACCAAAAAUAAUGCCUGGCUAUCAGCACUCUUGUAUUCAGUGUACUAAUGUAAAUAUCCAAAAGUGUAGAUUUGACUUAAGGUUUUUGGAAAAGAGCAUGAACGCUAAGGAAACUAUUGUCUAGAUGAAAAUCUGCAUGAAUUUUGCAUGGCCUUUUAAGAAGAUUUGUAUUUCUUUUUCUUUUCUUUUCUUUUAUUUUGCAACCAUGUUGCAGCAUAAUUUAAGAAUAAUUUGGGCACAUUUUGAGACGGUCCCAAUAUAUUUUUGUAGAUAAAAACAAGAAAAGAACAAAAAUGAAAUCAGACUUUGACUACAACAUGACAUCUUAAGAUGUCAUUGUUUAAUUAUUACAGGGAUUUAAUUGCCUUCUGCUAUUUUUCAGAAUUGGAUAUUUUCAAUAUUGUCUCAUUCAAAGCCAAAAAGCCCAAGAUUUUUGCUAUUUAUUCAGCGAUCUUAUAUUCAUGUGUUCAUAUACCUCCUUUCUCUCUUGCUUUCUGCCUUUUGUAAAUACAGUGUUUUCGCAAUGACAGAUACUACUAUUUUUACUGUCAUGAAAGAAUUGGGCACACGGUCUGAUCGUUUUGGUUGUUUUUGGUUUGAUGCUUUUUCUCCUGCGAAAAUACUGAAAAGUUAAACCAAUGUCAGCUUUAUUAAAUUACUGUCUGUAAUAAGCUUUCAUAUAUAAGGAGUAUUCGUACUAUAUAUCCCGAUGUUUCCCUUUUGUUCCAGUAGGUCUGUCCUGCCUGUUUCUUUAUAAUUUUAUUGUUUAUGAUAGCCUUGGCUAUCUUGGAUUGUACAAAUUACAUUGACGCACACAUGCUUGUUUAAUUCCAGGGGGUGGCGCUAGAGAGUUCAUUUGUUUCACACAAAACACUCCAUUGCACAUGAAUUUGAAUUCUCUUUCUGGGCAGUUUAUUUAAUAUGUGCUCUGUUUUGAAAUGGGUAUUUUGAUGGUGGCAGCUUGUGGCUUUAGCGUGAAUAUGCCAUAUCACAGAAUGGCAUGAACAAUGACUGUAUUCAUGGUAACAUCCGUUCAGGGGAAGCAUCCUAUCGUGUCAUUUCUAUGAUGGCGUUAUUUGUAAAUAUAAGGUGUGUAAGACUGAACAAUGGUUAUUAUGAAUACUGUUUUGUCUUUAUUUAUUUCAUAUUUAUUUGUCUUGUGGUCUUUUCUUUUUAAGUCUCAUCCAAUUUUGUCAUAGGACUGACCUGUCCUAACAACACUGCAAUAUGGACUGAAAAAGCUUUUACACAUCACAGAUUGUUGGCCGAGACUCACUAAACGUUAUGGAGAACUUCAGGACUAGACCGCUGUAAAAAUAGACUUUUUUGGUGUAUGCUAAGUACAACGAUUUGAUUAUUUUUAUACUUUUGUUUGAGGGUUUCUAAUGCCCACAUACUUUUCCUUAGACUAGCCCUUUAGUUGUAGUGCUACAGGCAUGUAUGGUAGCUAUGCACUUUGUAUUCACAAUACUAGAGCUAUAUGAAGCAGGUUUUGUAUUUUUUUACAUAUUGUACUUUUUACUUGUUCCUCAAUAAAUGUAACUUGUGAUGGUUA